AUGACCUCCUCGACGGAGGGGGCGCCUCCCAAAGAUCAAGAUGUCACAAUGACGGAACCAAGUGGUGUGUCAAGCCCCAAGGAGCUCAGGAACGCAUUGUACGCCCGGUGUGCAAGCUUUGAAGAGGGCCAUGUGUUCAAUCAGGAUGAGCUCUUCGCAUUCGAAAUUAUACCUGACAACAGCGUCGAGAAAUUGCUGGCGUACACGAAACAGCUUGCGAAGGAUGGGUUGUUCAAGCUCAUGACUAAGGAUGGCAAAGCUUGCUGGAAGGUGGUUAAGAGAGCGGAUGCCAUCAAAUAUCGUUCCCUCUCUCAAGAAGAAGCCCUCGUGUACUCGUACAUCGAGGGUGCGGCCCGUGAAGGAAUAUGGAGUAAACUCCUACGUAAUAAGACUAAUCUACACAUGACUACCAUGAAUCGCGCCAUCAAGUCUCUCGAAAACAAAAACAUGAUCAAGGCAGUCAAGAUUGUCAAAUAUCCCAACAGAAAGACAUAUAUGCUGGCCAAGCUCCAACCCUCCGAAAAUGUGACUGGUGGACCGUUCUACACCGAUGGCGUACUGGACGAGGAAUUCGUUCAUCAGAUGUCUUUAUGGACGGAAAAGUACAUCAUCGGGAGGAGUUGGUGGCAUCCACCACUACCAGAACACAAGAAGAAGUCAAGCUCGAAAAUGACUCAGGAACAAGCGGAGGAGCUUAGGGCAGCAGAGCUUCGGCAACGAGGGCAUGGUAGAGAUAGAAGCAAGACGAUGUUACCAAUGCAUCCAGGCUACCGAGGCUUCCCCAAUCUGUCAGAAGUUACUAAAGCUAUCAAUGGGUCUGGAUUGUCGGGUGUGACUAUGAAGGAAUCCGAGAUGGGACAAUUGCUCGACAUCCUCUGCUGGGAUGGGCGGCUGGAAAAAAUAAGACACGGCAAAGCGUACAGAGCUAUAAAACAAGUCGAUGGCGAAGACGGAGUGGAGCUUGGAAAUGCACUUACAGAGUCUCCGUGUGGACGAUGUCCCGUCUUUGACUUCUGUGAAGAGGGAGGGCCGGUGAACGCGAGGAGUUGCGAGUAUUUCCAAGAAUGGCUUCAGUUCUAA